GCCUCUGUGAAUUCCUUCUGGCUGCCAUCCCUUCCCCCACAUGGAGACAGAGUAGCCAUAGCCCCAAUCAGUCAGCCAAGUGCAGCCCAAGAGCUGGUCUAGCCAGACAGCCUUUGCUCUCCGGGAGUAAAGGUUGCCCCAUUUGGGAGGGAGCUGUGGCCAGAGAGGGGGCCCUUGGGGGUCUAGGGCUAUUACAGGGACUCCAGAGAGCCAUGCAGAGCUUUGGGCCAUGAAGGAAUACUCGGAUGUCAUCCUCUGCAUGGAGGCGACAGAACUGAGCAAGACCGAGUUCUGCAAUCCUGCCUUCGAGCCUGAAGCUGGGCUACCUGGCCCUUCAGCAGCCCUCCGGCAGGAUGCCAGCCACAAUAUCCAAGCUCCCUGGCACGGCCGGCGUCCCAGAGGCCUGCAGCCAGACUGCCACUUCUCCUGGCUCUGCAUCCUCCUGCUCGCCAGUCUGCUGCUCCUGCUACUUGGGCUGCUCGCGGCCAUCAUCCUGUCCCAGUUGCCGGCUGCACCCCCACCCGGGGCCACCAAGAGCCCACUGCCUGCCCAAGGCCUCACCACUACUACUACCCCAACCACCAGCACCAGCACCACCUCCUCAGCUACCUCAGGGCAGCAGGGGGCAGACGCGAGCCCCGCACACCAGGCCACCUGUGGGGGCCUCCUUCCUGGUCCAAGGGGCUUCUUCAGCAGCCCCAACUACCCAGAUCCUUACCCACCCAAUGCCCACUGCGUGUGGCACAUCCAGGUGGCCACUGACCAUACGAUACAGCUCAAGAUUGAAGCCCUCAGCGUGGAGGGCGUGGCCGCCUGUCUUUUCGAUCGCUUGGAAAUCUCUCCUGAGCCUGAAGGGCCCCUCCUCAGGGUGUGUGGGAAGGUGCCUCCCCCAACACUGAACACCAACGCCAGCCGCCUCCAGGUGGCCUUCGUUUCUGACAGCAGUGUGGAAGGAUCUGGUUUCCAGGCCUGGUACCAAGCUGUGGCCCCUGGGCAUGGGAGCUGUGCCCACGAAGAGUUCCACUGUGACCAGCUCGUCUGCCUGCUGCCUGACUCAGUAUGUGACGGUUUUGCCAACUGUGCCGAUGGCAGUGACGAGACUAACUGUAGUGCCAAGCUCUUGGGGUGUGGGGGGAAUCUGACUGGGCUGCAGGGCACCUUCUCCACGCCCAGUGACCUACAGCAGCACCCUCACCAACAGCUUUGCACCUGGCAUAUCUCCGUGCCUGUUGGACAUGGCAUAGAACUCCAAUUCUGGAACUUCAGCCUGGAAGCACAGGACGAGUGCAAGUUUGACUACGUGGAGGUGUAUGAGACCAGCAGUUCAGGAGCCCUCAGCCUCCUGGGCAGGUUCUGUGGAGCAGAGACACCUCCACAUCUCGUCUCCUCGCAUCAUGAACUGGCUGUGCUCUUCCGGACAGAUCAUAGCAUCAGCAGCGGGGGCUUCUCCGCCACCUUCAAGGCCUUCAAUGCCACAGAGAACCCCUGUGGACCCAGAAAGUUCUUGUGCCAGAAUGGAGGGUGUAGGGAUCUGCAGUGGAUGUGUGACUUGUGGAGAGACUGUAUAGAUGGCAACAAUGACAAGAAUUGCAGCAGUCCCUUGCUCCCACCCCCAGAGUCCUGGAGAGACUCUCAACUGGUGGGGGCAGUGGUACUUAGUGUCACGCCAAAAGGACCCAGGAAUCUGGGAAUCAAUGUUUGGGGCUUCAAGAAUCAGCCACCUUGUCACACACAGUCCUCUCCACAACCCACUUCAAAGAUGAAGAUGAGAUUUUACACAGAGUGGGUGAGUUUAUUACAGAUGCCCAAGUAGUUCCUGCAAAUAUGAGCACCCCACAUUCCCUGAGAUCAAAGAGGUGGCUGCGUGAUGCCCAGGAUUGGCAACUUGCUUGGAGAUGGCUCUUGAGAAGAACAGGAAUCCCUGAUGUGUAUAAAGCCUCUCUCCUUGUUAACUCUUUGGAUUUUCACAACAAUCUCCAUCUGACCUAUGUAAGGACCCAGAGUAAUGAAGUGACUUGUCCCCACAGUGACCCCUUCUCCCAUCCCUGCAGAGCUGGCCUGUGAGCCUGUCCAGGUGGAGAUGUGCAUCGGUCUGAGUUACAACACCACGGCCUUCCCUAACAUCUGGGUGGGCAUGGCCACCCAGGAGGAGGUGGUAGAUGUCCUCAGA